GAGUGUCGCUGGGUGCGUGUGCAGCAGGGACGGACGAGCCAGGCCCCGAGGGCCUCACCUCCACCUCCCUGCUGGACUUCCUGCUGCCCACCGGCCUGGAGCCACUGGACGCGGAAGAGCCCAGUGAGGCCAUGGGCCUAGGGGCUGGCCUGGGUGCCCCUGGCUCAGGGUUCCCCAGCGAGGAGAGUGAGGAGUCCCGCAUCCUGCAGCCACCGCAGUACUUCUGGGAGGAGGAGGAGGAGCUGAACGAGUCCAGUCUGGACCUGGGACCCACCGCAGACUACGGCUUCCCGGACCUCACGGAGAAGGCGGGGCCAAUGGACAUGGAUGACGCUGGCCAGGCCGAGGAGCUGCCCAGCCUCUCCUCUGCCAUGCCCAAGCUGAACCUGGUGGAGCCGCCCUGGCAGGUGCCUCUGGAAGAGGAGGAAGAGGAGGAGGAGGAGGAGAGGGAGAAGGAAGAGGUGGAGAGGGACGAGGAGGAGGAGGAGGAGGAGCUGCUGCCCGUGAGUGGGUCCCAGGAGGAAGCCACCACACAGGCCAGAGACUCUGUUCCCAGCAGCAGCAGCCAGGCCCCAGGCAUCCCUGGACACAGGCACGAAGAGUCUGGAGACCAGGCCGCGUCGGGCGUGGAGGUGGAGAGCAGCGCGGAGCCCAGCUUGUCCCUUCCCUUGGUCACCCCCAGCGUGGUGACCCCAGGGCCUCAGGACCUGCCCAGCCAGCAGGCUGGGGCCACUGUGCUGCCGGCAGCCGGAUCCCGGAUAGAGUUCGAGGUCCCACGAGAAGCCAGUGAGGAGGCUACUGUGGGAAUCAGUGCGGAGCUGGCUCCGUCCUUGUCCUUGGCUUCAUCCCUGCAGACUGAAGCUCCCCCUAGGGCUGAGACCUCGGAUGAGGGCCGCCCGUACCCUAGGACCUCUACCCCUUCUCCAUCCACCCCCCGAGACUCCACACCGAUGCUGUUCUCUGCCAUUCCGGGGCAGGAAGGUCUCAGCCAGCAGCCCUCAGGGGUACCUGCGACAGAAGCUCCAUCCUGGACACCUUGGGACUCCACUCAGGUGAUCUGCAAGGACUGGAGCAACCUGGCCGGGAAGAACUACAUCAUCCUGAACAUGACUGAGAACAUGGACUGUGAGGUGUUCCGGCAGCACCAGGGGCUGCGGCUCCUGGCCCUGGUGGAGGAGGUACUGCCCCGCCACCGCCGUGGCCAUCACGGGGACUGGCACAUCUCCCUGAGCAAGCCCAGCGAGAAGGAGCAGCACCUCUUGAUGAUGUUGGUGGGCGAGCAGGGGGUGGUGCCCACCCAAGAUGUCCUUUCCAUGCUGGGCGACAUCCGUAGGAAUCUGGAGGAGAUCGGUAUCCAGAACUACUCCACAACCAGCAGCUGCCAGGCGCGGGCCACCCAAGUGCGCAGUGACUACGGAACGCUCUUUGUGGUGCUGGUGAUCAUCGGCGUCAUCUGCUUCAUCAUCAUCGUGCUGGGCCUGCUCUACAACUGCUGGCAGCGCCGGCUGCCCAAGCUCAAGCAUGUGUCGCAUGGGGAGGAGCUGCGCUUUGUGGAGAACGGCUGCCACGACAACCCCACGCUGGACGUGGCCAGCGACAGCCAGUCGGAGAUGCAAGAGAAGCAGCCGAGCCUGAACGGCGGGGCGCUCAAUGGCCCGGGCAGCUGGAGCGCGCUCAUGGGGGGCAAGCGCGACCCCGAGGACUCGGACGUGUUCGAGGAGGACACGCACCUGUGAUGCUCUGGACGCGGGCGCUGCGCCCGGCCACCCCACCCCGCCACGCGCCCGCGCCGGACCCAUUAAACCUGCCCGGACCCGGGCACCGCGG